GAAUCAAAGGUUAGUGUACUUACACAAAUGUUUAGAAAAGUGUGAGUGAUGUGCUAGACAACGCACUCUCAUUUUACUCUCCUGGUUGUCCACUUCCAUCAUGAACCUAAAGCUCCUCUUCUUUUGGCUCUUCCUAGCGGUGCUCCUCAUACCUGCUGAACUGGCAAAUAAAAAUCACAAGAAACAUCAGGAUCCUGAGCAUGGGACAUCUGAGCAUCGUGGGCAUGGGAGACCUGAGCAUCGUGGGCAUGGGAGACCUGAGCAUCAUGGGCAUGGGAAACCUGAGCAUCAUGGGCAUGGGAGACCUGAGCAUCAUGGGCAUGAGAGACCUGAGCAUCAUGGGCAUGGGAGACCUGAGCAUCAUGGGGAUAGGGGAUGUGGGCAACCUAAACCUGGCAAAAUAAGAGGACGAUUUAAGGACAUAAUUGAGGACUUCUUCUUUAAGAUCAUAAACAGAACUGGUGAUGAUGACGAUGAUGAUGAUCAUGAUAACGAUGGCUGGCUUUUUGACCUUCAAAAGCUAGAAGGCCAAUGCAACCCAAACCCUUGCCAGAACAAUGGAGUGUGUGAGCAGAAAAGCAAGGGCAAAUUCGAAUGUGAUUGUCCCAAACCUUACAAGGGAAAGAGAUGCGAGAGAGGUCCUAAAAUUUGUACGAGAGGUAAAUGCGGGCGUGGUGAAUGUGUGCUGACCUCAACUUUCCCGUUCUAUGAGUGCAAAUGCAAGGAGCCCUUCCAGCCUCCAGAUUGCACAAGUUUUUCAGUUUGUGAGCCUAAUCCAUGUAGGAAUGGUGGAAUAUGCAUCAAGGAUGGUAAUGACUUUGACUGCCAGUGCCCUUCAGGGUACAGAGGACGUUUCUGCCAUGUUGGCCCAGGUGACUGCUAUGUGGAUGAUGGAGAGUCAUAUCGUGGCAAUAUGAGUGAGACAGAUGAUGGCGAUGAAUGCCUCUUCUGGAACUCUCACUUCAUCUUGGAGAAAGGAGUUGAUCCCUUCAACUCCUUCGAGGACAAAGAUGGACUUGGGCCUCACAACUUCUGCAGAAACCCAGACGGAGAUCGUAAGCCCUGGUGUUUCUUCAGAAGAGGCUGCAAGUUGCUGUGGGACUACUGUGAUGUGACAAAGUGUCCUAAACCAACAGGUGUGGCGCCAUCUGAAAUUGUCCCUACAGACCCUGACCCCACUGCUCCCAAGCCCCAACCUACAGAACCUGAACCUACAGCAAUCCCCAAGCCCCAGCCUACAAAACCUGAACCUACAGUAAUCCCCAAGCCCCAGCCUACAAAACCUGAACCUACAGCAAUCCCCAAGCCCCAGCCUACAAAACCUGAACCUACAGCAAUCCCCAAGCCCCAGCCUACAAAACCUGAACCUACAGCAAUCCCCAAGCCCCAACCUACAAAACCUGAACCUACAGCAAUCCCCAAGCCAAUAACUACCAAACCCCCAACGACUGAGAAGCCCAGCCAGGCUCCACAACUUUCUUCUACACCCACUUCUGUUCCUCCCAUCUCCGGUGCCACUGCUCCACCGCCACAGUUCUCCACCUGUGGGAAGCCUCAGCCAAAAAAGGUCAUUACCCGAAUCUUUGGGGGUCUGAAGGUCGCUCCCGGGGCUGUACCCUGGCAGGUGUCCUUGCAAGUGAGACCAAAGAACUCCAACCAGCCAUUCAGACACAUCUGUGGAGGAGUUCUCAUCGCGAGCUGCUGGGUACUGACAGCUGGACACUGCAUUGAUCAAACGAAGGACAUGCAGGUGGUUAUGGGGAGUCUGUCACUGAAUAUGGAGGAACCCACAGAGCAAACCAUACAUGUUGAAGAAGCUAUUUUACAUGAGAACUACAGGGAGACUCCUGAAGCUGUUUACAAUGACAUAGCCUUGUUGAGGCUGAAUGGCACUGAUGGAGUUUGUGCCACUGAGACCCAGUUUGUGAAGACAGCCUGUCUGCCUGAUGGCCAACUGCCUGAUGGGAUAGAGUGUACCAUUUCUGGAUGGGGUGCCACUGAGCAGUCUAGUUAUGGUUCCAACCACCUGCUGGAGGCCAAUGUACUGCUGAUCAACCAGAAAAAGUGCUCUGAACCCACUGUUUAUGGCAGAAUCCUGGAUAAUACUAUGUUCUGUGCUGGCCACCUACAGGGAGGGGUGGAUUCCUGCCAGGGUGACUCUGGAGGACCACUGACUUGUAAGCCGAACGAUAGCCAUGUAAUUUAUGGUCUGGUGAGCUGGGGAGACAAAUGUGGAAGGCAGAACAAGCCUGGAGUCUACACACGGGUCACUCACUUCCUGCAGUGGAUCAAGUCAAAGAUGCAAGCAGCAUCUCCAAAAGCAACCUCAGUAUAGGCAAGGACUUGGUUAUGUAUGGAGCAAGUCUAAGUCAUCAUGAUUUAGCUUUUGGGUUUUGUACAGUUGUACCUGGUAUUUUGCUUUUCAGGUCUACAACAUCAUUUUAAAUUCAAAUGCUACUUAAUUCAACCAUUAAAAAAACUGACAAAGCAUUUAAAAAAAAAAUCGAAUUGUGUUGUCGUUGAGUAAAUGUGCAGUGUCAUUUCAGUUUAAUGUGUUUUUCCCUGUAACAAAUGGCCUAGAACAGAAAAACCUGAAAUGUACUGUACAUCUAAAUGUCAUGUUUCCUUGGUUUUCGCCUGUAGAGUCUCCCCUUAAUAAACACAAAAUUACAGCUCAAAAUCAAA